AUGGAUCAGCAUUCACCUACAGAAGCCAAUGAAAAUAAGGUUAAUUAUCUUGAUCUAAUUGUGGCACUAUUCCUCUGUGCUGACAGUUUCUUACAACAAAGAAUGGCACUUAGGAUGUCUAUGUGCCAAUUUUCUUUCCCAUUGCUGUUGCCACAUUACAACAACAGUCAAAGUGGUCUGAUGCUUUGGACUUUGAGAGAUAUUGUCAAAGAAUGGAACAGUGUUGCUGAAAUAAAAGCACCAUUCUUCUCCUUUGUUAGACUAAAAAACAGCAGUUUAUCAAAAUCUCAGUUGCUCAAUCAUAUACUGAGUCAUGGCCAACAGAAUAAAGAUGUAUUUAUGCACAGGGAUAUGGAGGGAGGGGCACAUCAGAGAGAGAUUGCAAAUGGACUAAUAGAGAUUAGCUGGUUCCUCCCCAGUGGAAGAGAAAAUCAAGACGUUUUCCAAAAGCCAAUAAUCUUUGCUAAUUUACGAGGAGAUGUUUCUGAGUCACCUACAGAGUUUUCUUUUCUUAGUCAAGUGUCAACAGCUAUCUUUGUCCUCAUGGACAAAAUUCAGGAAGAUGAAAAAAAAAUGUUAACCUCUUUACAUGAUGUGAAAUCAAAACUCUUCUUUGUGUUCAGUCCAAACAAAAAUACAAUGAAAGAUACUGUGUCAGUUAAGACAAUGGUGGAAAAGUUAGACAUACCAAAAAACCAAGUGAUCACCAAAGACCAGAAAACAAACAUUGCAGGUUUUUCAAAGAAGUUCUGUGCAACCAUCAACAAAUCACCAGCUCAUUUAACUAGCUGUAUGAGCAUUGUAAACAUGAGUGAUAAAGCUAUGGAACUUGGUCUGUCUGUGGAUGAACAUAGGAGUGACACACAAAAGAAGGCAGCUGAGAGAAUUAUGGAAGGAAUUUGGGUAAAGACCAUAUCUGAUUACAAAAAACAGGAACUUUGCUUGCAGGGAGAAAAUUGGAAAAAGAUCUCAAAAAUAGAAAAGGAAGAAUGUAGGUUGAAUAAAGCCGAUGACUCAACACUGGAGGAUUAUAAAGCUGAGCUCCAGAAGGAAAAAGAAGCCCUCCGAAAGGAACAAAGUAAAUAUAAACCAUCAAAUGAAAUGAAGAUGUUUAUUGAAAGUUUAUCUGUAAAUGACAAGGAAAAGAGAGACUUUUUCUUUAAAUGGAUGAAACUCGAACUUGAUUCUUAUACAAGAAUCAAUUUUUCACAGCUUAGAAACAAGUUACAGAUAGAACACGAGAAGGAAAAUGUAAAAGCUGUUGCUGAAUUAGGUCAAACUCUGCUUGACAGCUCUUUAGGAAUCGAGCAUUACAUGAGAGAGAUGGGACUGAUCUAUGAAUUUUCUCAUGAAACCACAGAGGAAAUCACCCGUCUCCCUCGUUUAGCUGCUGAAAUGGUGUUGGAUGGACAUCCUUUAGAGCUUCUGGAUGGUGAUGCUUCCAACAUCCCAGAAAAGUGGGUUUCAGCUGUACUGAAUGAGGUUCACAUGCUAGUGGGAGGAAGGAGCAGAUUAUUGGUGCUGACAGUUUUGGGUGUUCAGAGUUCUGGAAAGUCAACAUUACUAAAUACCAUGUUUGGUGUUCAGUUUCCAGUCAGCAGUGGCAGAUGUACAAGAGGAGCCUACAUGAUCUUAUUACCAGUGGGGGAGGAUUUAAAAAGUGUGCUAAAUUAUGAUUUUGUAGUCCUCAUUGACACAGAAGGUCUAAAGUCUCCUCAAAUGGCUCAACUUGAGGACAGUUACGAACAUGACAACCAGCUGGCAACCUUUGUUAUUGGUUUAAGUGACAUCACCAUCAUUAACAUUGCAAUGGAGAACGCAACAGAAAUGAAAGAUAUUCUGCAAAUUGCAGUUCAUGCAUUCAUUAGAAUGAGAGAAAUCGGAAAAAGGCCAGUUUGUCAUUUUGUGCAUCAGAAUGUUGCUGGAAUUUCAGCUCAUUCUAUGACCAUGACUGAUAGAAAAUGUCUGUUGGACCACCUCAAUGAAAUGACUGAAAUUGCUGCUGAAAUGGAAAUGCAGUCUUCAGUCAAAUUAUUCACUGAUGUUCUGGACUAUGACAUGGAAAAAAACAACUGGUACAUUCCAGGACUCUGGCUUGGGACUCCUCCAAUGGCUUCAGUCAGCACUGGUUACAGUCAGGCUGUUGCUGAACUGAAGAAAAAUCUUCUCAUGACAAAGAGAAAAAACAUAAACACAGAUGAGUCACGCAUCCCAGAGUUCCUGGAAUGGAUGAAAAGUCUUUGGAAAGCAGUAAAAUAUGAAAACUUCAUUUUUAGCUUCAGAAACACACUUGUUGCAAAAGCCUAUGACAACCUAUGGAGAGAGUUCAAUCAGUGGGAAUGGGAGUUCAGAAAACAGAUUCUAACCCGGGGGACAGAAGCAGAAAUGGAAAUCAGCAAUGCUAACACUGAAAGUGACCAGGAUCUGUUUAAUCUGAUAGACUCCAAAAAAGAUGAGCUUUCAGAAAUUAUAGAUGGGCAAAAAGAGCUCAGAAAACAGUUUCAGGAGGAAUUUUCACGCUCUGAUGACGUUGCUGACACAAUCAGCAAACUCUCAGUUAAACCACAAGAUGAGCUUUUCAGGAAAGUGUUUGGAUGUGGGAGACAAUGCCCUUUUUGUAAAGUUCCCUGUGAUGCAGGAGGCAAACAACAUCUGCAGCAUCAAGCAGCUGUUCAUCGACCAAAAGGUCUUGGUGGAUAUAGGUAUGAAACUAAUGAUAAACUGGUGGAGACACUCUGUACAACUAGUGUGAACAGUGAACAGCGUUUUAGAAAUACAGACACUGACUGGAAAUAUCAUCCCAAUAAGAAGUACAUGAAGAUUUAUCCAAACUGGAAAAUUCCUCCAGACUCCACCAUUGAGGCAUCAGACUACUGGAAGUACGUCCUGGUAAAAUAUAAUGAUAGAUUUGCUAAAAUGUACAAGGCCAAACCAGCAGACAUUCCAGUGGCCUGGAAGAACAUCACUAAAGAACAAGCUCUAAAAGGCCUAAAAGAUGCUUUUAAUAUGAGAGAAAAUAAUACAGAGCUCACCGAUUAA